AUGUGUUUUAAUCUGUGUCUGGGUUUCACAGGGCCUUUCACCAAGCUCGAAGUCUGCCCAUAUUGUGGUGUAAAAGUAUCCCCCUAUAAAGACUUUUUUGAUGGAAGCAGAUACAUUGAAAAGGUUGUCAGAGGGGAUGUUGGUGAAAAUGACAUUUUCCUUGUCCUCUCUAUUGACGGCACCCAUGGUUUCAUAUCUGGUCCCGGGAAACCAAAGAAUUCAGAUAGCUUUGUAUUCCCUGGUCUGUAUCACCUCGGUGCUCCCCAGAGAGAGGGUCUGAGGAUCUGGAAUGCUGAAACAGGAGAAAUAUUUGUUGCAUAUCCACAUCUUGCAUUGGUUACUGCCAAUGGUCCUGCUAUGGCAAUGUUGAGUGGAUUUGUUGGACAUCAGGGCCAUGUUCACUCUGGUGCAUCACAAUAUUAUCCUCUAUGUCAGAAACCAGAUAAUUACUCCAUAUCAGGUUCUUCCCCUCACUAUCAAGCCAACCUUGCACAGAUUGUUCUUUCCUCUGGCCAUUCUCAAUAUGAGGAAAAUCAACUUGCCACCGGAAAUAAACAGUAUACAACCAGAAUUCCAGGUCUUUUUGCUGGUGACAUCAUGCAUCUAUUUACUCUCAAUGCCCCUGAUCUCUUCAUACCUCUGUGCCGGGGGAAGUUUGAGUGUGAUAAAACCAAUGAUUUACUCAAUGGAGAUUUGUGGAUAGAACAUGGUAAAUGUGUCGCCGCAUGCACACCAUAUAUUCCUGGGUCAUUUAACUGA